AUGCCAAUUCGUGUCUAUGUAGGUUUGCUGAGCGGAAAGUCUGCCAGCCUGCUGACCGAUCCGGAAUCGCAGGUUGAACUCUUGCGCCGGCAGGCGCAAGCAGAGCUGGAAACGCACCUUAGCCAUUUGGUUCUUUCUGGUGGUGAGGUGCUGUGGCCGAGCUCUACGCUGGAAAACGCCGGCGUCACAGAUGGAGCUGAGCUGGUUGGCAUCGUGCGGCCAGCGGCCCUCGCGAAUGGCGAUACGGCUUUGGCGUUCUUGGCGGAGGAUGGCAGGGUCGUGGCCUGGGGCGAUCCUCGAGGAGGAGGGGACUUUUGGUCCGUGCGAGAGCAUCUUCAUAGCUGCCAGCAGAUCCAGGCUUCCUACGGCGCCUUCGCGGCUAUUCGGGAUGAUGGGCGUGUGAUCACCUGGGGCAACCCGGACACUGGGGCCGACAGCAGUGGUGUCCAGGACCAGCUGUAUGACAUUUUCCAACUCGCCGCUACCUGCGAAGCGUUUGCAGCGUUGCGCUUGGACGGGACAGUGGUGGCAUGGGGCAGUUUUGAAGAUGGCGGAGACUGCGACGUGCUCCGAGACCAACUCCACGACGUCCGAUGUAUUUCAGCAGCCGACUUCGCCUUCGCUGCCGUAUGCCGUGACGGCUCAGUCGUGACAUGGGGAAACGAGCUUUUCGGCGGGGACAGCAGCGCCGUGCAGCAUCGUCUGAGGAAGGUCCGGUGCAUCCAGUGCACUGCGCGAGCCUUCGCCGCGAUCUUGGAGGAUGGCUCUGUGGUCACCUGGGGCUCCGAAGAGGAAGGCGGCGACAGCAGAGCCGUGCAAGAUCAGCUUUGGCAGGUCCGUGCAAUCCAGGCUACCAGCGUAUCGUUUGCGGCGAUCCGCGAAGAUGGGAGAGUGGUGACAUGGGGUGACGAGAAGUUUGGCUGA